UUACUUCCAGUUAGGUUAUUUCCACAGCCAGGCACAGGCAGACGGAUCUUUCCAUUCUCUGUUUUAUUUGAGUACGAAAAAUUCUGAAUUAGACCAAAUAUGAAGUCGAUUCUGUCAAUCGUUGUACUUGGGCUCAUUUACAGCGCUGUGGAGUCCAAAGAAUCUCCCCCCAAGGUGCAGGUGUACAGCCGUAACCCUGGCAACUUUGGCGAUAAGAACACCCUGAUCUGUCACGUGAGUGGCUUCCACCCCCCUGACAUCAGCAUCCAGCUCCUGAAGAACGGUGUGGAGAUCCCCGACGCCAAGCAGACAGACCUGGCCUUCGAACAGGGAUGGCAGUUCCACCUCACCAAGAGUGUUGGAUUCACACCAGCCAGCGGAGAGGAGUWCACCUGCAGAGUCCGUCACCUGAGGAAUCUGAAGACCUACACCUGGG